AGCCGUUUGGAUCAGACCUGGCACGCCCUCGCCCUGUGGCGCAGCCGCUGGCCUCGGCGAGCUUCAUCAUGGAUAGCCUGUUGUUCUCGCCGAUGGUGCGCCCAGGCAGUACAUCUACGACGACGCGAUCUUCCAAGCAAGGGCAAAGCGUAGCCUAUUGCGCCGCCGAGGCGCAGAAUCCUGCCCAGGCGCCUCUGUGUCCCCUGGGGAACGCCUUUGCGCAAGGAGAGUCAGUCUUGGCCAGCGGCGAGGUCAGCGGCCACACCAGCAUUGGGAUGUCCCCCGCGGGCGGGGUCGCCGUGAUGACCAUGCGCUCCCGAAGCCCCGCCGUGGACUGGCGCUGCAAGUCGCCGGUGAGGCAGCAGCCCCACAUGGUGGCGUGCACGAUGCCCGGGACCCCGACUGGCAAGCACCGCUACGUGCAGGUGGCGCAGUCGCACGGCUCGUUCCGCAUGGCGCAGG